AUAAGGUGAAACUGUUAGGUCACUUCCUGGUUGAAGGACUAACCCAAUAAUCCGUAUCCAUGGCAAUCGUAAACAAGCAAUAUUCAAGAUAUCAACCUGCGUCUACACUGGCUAUUACCAUAGCAACAAGUCACGCAUUAUUUGCCCUUAAGCAAGAUGUCAGCUAUGGCUUUUUUAGGAUAAUGGGUAAGUCUCCAGUGCCAUACAAUGUGCUGACUCUCUCCCAGAUUCCCUCAGGUGUAAAUGAUGGCUGCGGAGAAGAGACGUGCGGUCGGAGGCUCUCCGGUCCCACGGCCUUCCCCUGGCCCCGCUAACGAGACUGAGUUCCUGGCCCAAACAGGGACCCGAGACAUGCUGAGAGAGGCCGUGCUGAAGCUCGUGGAAGCCAGGCCGGAGGAACCAGCAGCUUUCCUGGCAGAUUACUUCGAGAAGCUGGGGCAUGAUUCGGCUGAAGGAACAGUUUUGAUCGGGGACCACGGAUCACAUCUACUGGGGCAGCAACGCCUGGGGCGGGCCAUGUGGUACCUGAAACUGGCCCAUCACUCUCAGAGGACUGCUUUUAACAACAACCUCAACAUUGCAUAUGACUGCUUGAGUGCAGGAGGAAAGAAAAGGAAGCCUGGCCUUAAUGGGAAAAGUUACAGUGAAGUAUUGCGAAGAAUAUGCCGGGAAGGUGACCUCCCUGAGGAAAUCUCCUCUUCUCUCCUGAAGAGGAUACAGUGCCGAGACCACGAAGCUGUGCCAUUUGACGUUUUCCGAUAUGGUGUGCUAACAUGCUUUGUGCUGUUGGAAUUUAUGUGCAAAGCGGAAACGUUGUUCAGUAUCCUAGAUGGGAAUGGCCAGGCUGAUAAAAGUCUAUGUCAAGCUGUGCUGGAAACCCUUGAAGAGGCUUUGGUUGCCAGUGACAUUUGUAUCCCAGCCAGCUACCUGGAAGCAGGCUCAAAACUGGGACCCGACUGUUUGGCUGUAGUCAUGGAUAGGGCUUUUUUGAAUAGGGAUUCUGGCAUCACUAUGACCUUACAGGAGUUUUUAAUGGAUGCCUCUGCCUUGUUCCUUGAAAAAGUGAAGUCUGUUCAAUGAUGACUGCUGUCUGAUCAUUUUACUCUAGAUAUGAUUUAAUAGUCAAUAGGAAAAUCUAAAUGUUGUCCAUGCACAUGGCUUGGAACAAUUAAAGAGGUAUAGACUAGGCAUAGACAACCUUCGCACUGCAGAUGUUUUGGACUACACCUCCCAUGAUGCUUUGCCAGCAUUAUGUGUUAGAGCAUUAUGGGGGUUGUAGUUCACAACACCUGGAGUGUCGAAAGUUGCCUAUUCCUGGCAUAGACUAUGGUAUUU